AAUAGCAGCAAGUGUUUCACUAGGCUAUUUAGAAAUUGCUGAAUGAUAGGUUUAAUGUUUUUUUGCAUAAAGAUGUUGAUAAGGGAGCACUUAUUCUGCACUUGUCAGUAUCUACUGAUGUAUUUUAUUUACCACUACAGAGUCUAUUAGAGUCACUAACAGAUAAUAGGAAGUUCAAGGGCUUUUGAUUUUACUAAGACAAAUGUCAUGCUGCGGCAGAAAGGAAGUAACUUAUAUAUCUCUUUAGCUCUACGUCUUCUGCAUAUCAGCUUGGGCACAGUUUAAGAACACACUGUAAGGUGCUCAAUUCUGGUGUGAAGAUGGUGGCUUUCCUAAACAGUUUGUUUGCAUUUGUUCUCUACCUAAGAGCAUCAUCUGCUGGUGUUGACUCUUGGGAUGCUGAAAUACCCAAAUCAGUAGUGGGUCUGUCUGGCUCAUGUGUGGUGAUUCCUUGUAAGUUUAACUACCCUUCAAAUGGAAAGACACAUAACGAAUUUACAGGAAUCUGGUACACAGAUAAAUAUGACAUAAUCUACCACAGAGAGACUAACAAAAUCAUCAGCAAAUUCAAAGGUCGCACAAGUCUACUUGGUGAUCUGCAUCACAAAAACUGCACUUUGAAAAUCAACUCUUUACAACACAGCGAUGCUGGACCGUACAUGUUUCGCAUCGAGAUUAAAGAUUUCAAGUACACCUACGGGAAUAAUAAAGUUUCUAUUACAGUGAAAGGUACGAGUAGUUGA